GACAGUAGGUGAGGGGGCGAAUUUCUUCGUCUCCUUAUGGUGGAAUUAAUAGAAAGCUGAUUUAAUUUUAGACAGUGGAAAAGAUUACGUAAUCCAGUGGACAGGGUUUAUAUGGGAUGGAGCAGUGCCAAGAAUCAAUCACAACAGAGACAGAAGAAAAACAUCAUCAUCACCAAAUUUACAGAUAGCAUCAUGAAGACUCUGUGGCUGCUGCUGCUCAUCGCCUGCUGCUGCAACGCCAUGCCUUAUGGUCUGCAGCUCAGCACAUCACCUGGAAACUGCUGCUUCAACUUUUUCACACGUGAUUUACCGAUAAAGCGAGUAUCUGGCAUAAUUAAGACCCACAGCUCCUGUCAGAAUAAGGCAUUCAUAGUCCAAACUAUCAGAGGAAAACAGAUCUGCUACAGUCAGACCUUCCCGUGGGCUCUGGAUGUGUACAAUCGUCUCUACAACACUGUUAGCAGUGGUCUGCAGCCCUGAAUAUAUUUUACUGUGUAAACAUGUUGUAAAUAAAAGCCUGGUUUUGCAGAGCAAAAGAUACAAAUAAUUGUUUUUAUAUUUUGAUGCAAUAAUAAUCACAGUAAUAAUAAUAAAGUAAUUGAUGAAAUGAGAAAAUGUUCUGGUUAU